AUGGGGGAUCUGGGCCUGGGCCAGGAGUUCCACACGUGGCAUCAGUUCAGCAGCUUCUUCGAUGACUGGUGCGAGAAGCACAAGGUGCUGUUCAUCAUCGCCAGCCUCAAGCCGCUGAUCUCGCUCCGCCAGAACCCGCUGCACUACCAGCCCAGCCUGGCCGCCACCCUGCGCUUCCGCUUCGUCCGCCUCAUCUGCAAGCACAGUGGCACCUAUGUGGGACAGAGCACUGUGCAGCGCAACCGGCUCAGUGAGAAGAUCGACUGCCCCGCCUCCAUCACGCUGCGGCUGGGGCUGGUGGUGAUCGAGGCCAGCCUGGAGCACAACCACAAGCUGUCAGAGGUGGAGUUUGCUCACUACUUCAAGCGUCACCAGCUGGAGGCCAGCAUGGGGCUGCCCAUUCGCAUCACCAACAGCGUGUCCAAGCGGUUUCUGGCGCCUGACUUGAUCUGGAACCUGGAGGACUACAGCAAGGCUAAGGACAAGGGCAUGUGCGAGCUGCUGAGCCAGCUGGACGGCCUCUUCAAGAGCGACCCAGGUGCCAAGGUCAAGCUGGUCUUCCAGGAGGACGUAGCUGUGCUCAACAGUAUCUUCCUGGCCACGUCACACAUGCGGGGGCUGGUGCAGCGCUUCCCCCGCUGCCUCUAUAUGGACAAGGCGGCCUGCGUCAACAGCGAGUUCGAGCUCUACUCGGUGCUGUGCCAGGACAGCAACGGGCGGGGCCGUGAGUGCGCCUACUGCGUGGCCCGCCGGGGCGUGCCCGACCUGGUCAUCUUCAUCGUGGCCUCGCUGGUGCAGAGCGCGCCAGACAUCAAGCUGAAGGUGAAGUGCCUGACGGUGGGGGCAGGCAUCACGGACGUGGACGCGGUGGAGGAGGUGCUGCCCUGUGCCCGGGUGCAGAUCUGCCGGCUGCAGGUGCUGGAGGCUCUGUACUGCAAGGCGCGCGAGCUGGCUGUACCCAAGGAGGACAAGGUGCGCAACCUGCUGCACAACAUGGCCAACGCCAGCUCGCCCCGCGUCUACAGCCAGUACCUGAGCGACCUGGAGGACUUGGCCCCGCUGCCCUUCCUGCAGUACUACCUGGAGCACUGGCAUCACAACAAGGGCACGUGGGCCGAGUGCUGGGCCUUUGAGCGCAACCGCGACUGCCCCUUCCUGGAGCACAUGAGCUUCCACCAGCAGAAGCUGCGCUCGGCCCUGAGCCCGCCCCUGGGGCUGGCGGCCUGUGUGCGGGGGCUGCUGGAGCUGCAGGCGCUGCGGGUGGAGAUGGCGGCGCUCAAUGAGGAGCGGGUGUCGGAGCUGUACCGCGCCGUGUGCCCGCCCGACAGCGCCGCGCUCAUCGCUGAGGAGCUGGGCCUGGCCAAGCACGCCAACUACCAUGUCAAGGAGGUGCCAGAGGGCUUCCUGCUGGAUGGCGGCAUCUGCUCCUUCCUGGUGAGCCGCGACCUGGCCACCUGCUCCUGCUCCAUCUACGUCUCCAGCCGCCGGCCCUGCCGCCACCUCUUUGCCACCCGCCUCUGGACUGGGCAGCCCCUGUAUGACCCUGGCUUGCUGCACUCCCCUUCGGGCAGUGAGGGGCAGGACACCUAG